AUGGUUAAGACUACUACUGCUGCCCUCUCUGCCUUGGCUAUCGCUAUCAAUGUGCCAGAAGGAGCCUCGUUCUCGCCUGUCAACAAGCUGGCGUUUGGUGGAUCCAAAACAUCAUCUUGUCUUACGGCCAUCAAGCCGGCCAAAGACUGGAAGCUUCCUGUCAGCAAGUGCUGUGGGCAGUGCUGUGGACAAGGUGGCAUGAAGUCAGCAAACUGCGACUGCUGCAACAAGUCUAAUGGUUGCCAAAAAUCACCACUCGGUGGUGCUCCUUGUGGAUGCAGCAACUGCACUUCGUUGUAG